AUGGCCGAAAUGCAGAGGAUGGCGCUGGACAAGGUACAUCCACCAAUGACAAGGUGGCAUACGCGUCCCGGUUUUCGGUCGCUUGAUGGUUUCGUACAGGGGAGAGCAAGCGUCAUACCGGUGCCGCUGUGUUGCCAAACAUGCCGUUUUUCUCCUUUCCGUCCUGACUUGCUCGCAGUCGCGACAGCGGAGUUGUUUGGUAUUGCCGGUGGGGGACGUCUCCACGUUUUCUCGAUUCCAAAUGCUGCCUCUUCGCAGUCGCCCGAAGUCCACCAGAAGACAGACCCACCGUGGCAGCACACUUUUACCGUCCCCGGAGCAGCUGUUGCGGCACAGUACGAACUCGCCUCUUUUGGGACAAGCGAUGCAAUAACUGAUUGUGCAUGGUCCGAAAGCAAUGAGCAUAUCAUUGCAGCAGCGUGUGGAGAUGGAGUGACAAGGCUGUGGGAUUUUCGUAGCGAGAAACCAGAUUUUACGCGGCUACGUGGCAAUAACGCAGGGCCUUCCGACUGGCCUACUAGCGGCGCGGUCGAGCUCCGCGGGCACAGGGCUGAAGUAUGUGGAGUCGACUGGUCCACUCUAGAUCGCCAGCUUCUGUUAUCGUCUUCAUGGGAUGGCAGCGCAAUGCUAUGGGAUGUUCCACGCCUUGCUUGUGUAUGCGCUCUACCUCAUUUACAGUGCGUGUACGCAGCCACAUUCUCUCCCCGGAGACGGAAUGUCGUCGCAUCCGUCAGUGCUGACGGCCAUCUGCGUCUUUUCGACCUGAACUGCCCGCUACCAUAUAGCGCUGCGUCCGCUGUAGAUCAGGACAUCUUGGGAAGGUGCCGCGGAACACUCGUGUGUGAUCUAGAAGCACAUGGGGGAUGCGAGGCCCUCUGUCUUGAUUGGUCGAAGUACAACGAGAAUGAGGUUUUCACUGGAGGCUCUGACGGUAGUAUCCGACUCUGGGAUUUGCGUGUCAUGGCAAAAGGGCCACUCAUCAGUAGAACGAGGCUACACAAACUCGCUGUUCGUGACUUAAAAUGCAGUCCAUUUUCAGGUGACGUAUUGGCAACUGCUUCGUACGACACCAAUGUGAAAGUUAUAUCCCUCUCACGUCAUCUGCAGGAAGGGUCUAUAGAGAGAACAGAGGCACAGUGCAAUCGUGGGUCGAGUUUCUCGAAGGAGCAGUGUACCAUUACCCAAGAAAAGGCCUUCGGCCACCAUGCCGAGUUCGUCAUGGGCAUUGACUGGUCUCUCUUCCAGCCUAACCUUAUCGCUUCAGCCUCGUGGGACCGACACGUAUGUCUUUGGUCGCCACUCGGAAAUGAACAUCAGUACCCCCCCAUGAUCUGCCGACGUGCCAGGCAAUAA